AUGGAAACAUAUACAUUGACAUUUGGAAACCGCGCAGAGAAUCACAAAGGAAUGCAAAUUAUUGGGAGUAACAUGGAUCACGGAUUAUUACAUGACGAUCUUAUAAAAAUCCAAAAGUUUUUCAAUGAUGCCGGAUGUGUAACAAAACUAAUAAAUCUGAACUUAUUGCUCAAUGACAACAACAAUAACAAUAACAAUAUUGAGAAAGCGGAGCUUUUAGUUGUUAAAAAUGGGAUUAACAAACUCGUUAACUCAAAUGACCUGUUUGAAGAGCAAAAAGGUCUUGACAAAGAUACAAAGGCAUAUAUGUACGGUAGAGUUGUUAAUAAAAAGGCAAGGUAUAAUUUAUGUUUUAGUGAUUUUUCCCAAGUUGCUGAUUAUCCAAACAAAAAAGGAACUGUAUACAAUUUUAAGGAUGUUAAAUUUUUAAAUAUUCUGAGAAAUAAAUUAGGUCAAAUACAUCCAUUGCUAAAAAAACUUCAAUGUGAAGGCAAUUAUUACUAUGACAUAAAUAAAACUUUUAUCGGAUUUCACGGGGAUUCCGAACGCGAAAUUGUUGUCGGAUGUAGAUUAGGAGCAAAUUUUCCUUUAUACUAUCAAUGGUAUUAUAAAGGAAACGCCGAAGGAAAUCUUUUUAAAGUAGUUUUAACUCACGGGGACAUUUAUUUUAUGUCCGAUAAAGCUGUUGGAAGAGAUUGGAAAAGCUCAAGUAUUUACACCCUUCGCCAUGCAGCAGGACUAGAAUCAAAUGUCGGUCUAUAA